GCUCGGCGAGCCGCGCACGAGCGCAUUCCAGGCCUGGAGAUGGAUGCUGCGGAUGGAGGCGGCGUCGUCGCAUCAGUCGGCGAGCUGCUGGACGACGGCCUGGGGCUCGAGGUCGUCGAGGACGGCGAGGAGGUGACUGGCGCCUCGGAGGAGCUGGAGCCGUCGCCCGCCGAGCCGAUCACCAUCGAGCCGAACUCGUUCUACUUGAGUACAGGGUUCGGCGACGACGGGCAGCAGCAGUGCGGUUUCGUGUGGCGUGCGCUGCGGGUCAUGGCCGCCCCCGAACAGUUCGUGCGUGCGAGGCUCCUCUUCAGCGACGACGCGUACUGGGACUGGUGGGCGGGGUGUCCAGGCGUUGCGGGUGCAAUCUCCCCCAGCGCACUGCUGCAUGUCUGCACGGGCGACCCGCGCGGUGAGGAGGCACCCGCGGGAUGCGACGAGCUCAUCCACGUCUCGGACGCCCGUAGGCUGGAGGCCGAGGACGUCGCCGAGGUCUUCUCGAAUUGCUUGCGCCGCGACCUCGAUGCGGUCUGGCCCGCAGACCUGCUGGGGCCGCGUGCGGCGCGGCUGGCCGCUCCACGUCGGGCGCCGCCGACGCCUGGCGCGGCAGGGCCGAGCGCGGCCAAGCGCGCGGCCGAGGGUCACGGCGCUCCCUUCGACGGGCUGCUCGGGGACAGUGCCCUGACGGCGAUGGCUGCGGGACUCCCUCUCGACCUGGAGCCCGCGCGGGGCGAGCUGCGGGCCAGGCUCGCUGCGGCGAGGGGCCGGUUCGCCCCGGCGGCGCCGGGGGCCGCUGCGGCCGGCGCCCCUCCAGUCAGUGCGGAGGCCGCGCUGAGCGAGGGCAAGCCGAAGAAGCGGGGCCUCGCCGAGGUGCUCGCGGAGCGCGUGGCGAAGGUCGCCAAGGGUCCCAGCGCCGAGGCGACGCGCGGCUCGGGCGGGCCAGCUGCUGCGGCUGCGGCCAGCGGGGGUGCUGCAGGAGAAGGCGCGAUGGAGUUGGCGACGGCGCUCAUGGCAGUAUUCAGGUACUUGCUCACGAUCUACUUGCCGCAGAACCCAGCGCAACAGAUCGGGGUGGCUGCGUAUCGCGAGAUGCGGGCGCUGGCCGAGGCGGUCGACUUCCUCCUCCAGGGCAAGGUUCGUCAGGGGCUGGACAUCUUGACCCGGCGUCUGAAGGCGGCGCAGGUGGCAGUCGGCGGCGGCCGUUGGGGCGCGGCGAAGUGGCUCGAGCUGAUCCCUGCCAAGGACGAGCCCACCACGUUGCGCAGCGAGGAGGGGGGGAUGAUCCGCAGUAUCGAGCUCGGCAAGCUGCAGCUGGAGGAGCUCAACAGCUGGCUUCGCAAGCCCCGGGUCGACAAGACCGCCAAGAAGCUGCCCGCUGGAGGCUCACAGGCGCCGCUGAACUUCGAGGCGGCGAGGGCUGCGUGCCCGAAGAAGGAUGGCGAGACGUCGAAGGAGUACAAGGCGCGGCUGCGUAUCUUCAUGGCGGAGGCGCGCGGCCAGAAGCGGUGGCAGACGUUGCCGAGGCUGCUGGAGCAGCGGGGGCUGGCGAGCGCCUCACUCCUAGACGGCAUGCAGGGGCUCCCCGCCGCGGGCUGUGCUGCGCGCGACGCUGAGGCGUGGCGCGCCGAGGUCGCGGUGCAGUUCGGCGCGACCAUCGCGAACGUCGAUAUGGCAGUGCACCUCGCGCUGCUUGUCGAGCGCUACCCUGGCAGCCUGGGGGACUUCUCGAGAGAAUUUGCAGAGCGCGUGUCCACGUUUAGCGGGGGCGGCAGGGCGGCCCGGGCAUGCCGCAGCGCUGGGCGCCCUGGACUUCGUGGAGCCCAGCCCGACGUUGCCGAGUGGCUGGCCUCGCCCGAGAAGGCCCUUCUUCCCGAGGCCGACUGGUCCGACCCCAUGCCUCGAGUCAGGGUCAACGUCGUGGGCGAGGCGGGUUGGCGCGAGCUCGCGGAGCACCUCGUGGCGCUCGGGAUGUUCGCGGUGCUGAGCGAGGACCAGCUCGUCAGGGUGCGGGGCGAGCCGCUCUUGAACGGCCUCUUCGCUGUGGAGAAGAAGGGCAAGCCAGGGCCAGGCGCCGAGCGGGUCACCAGGCUGAUCUUGAACAUGGUCCCUGGCAACGCCCUGCUCAAGCCGCAUGUCGGUGAGGCGUCACUCCUCGCGGCGUCUACGAACUGGGUGUCAUUGCACAUCCCCGAGGGCAAGUUGCUGCUGUGGUCGGGUGACGACCAGAAGGGGGCCUUCUUCGUCUGGAGAAUCCCUACGGCCUGGCACCCCUACACGGCGGUCGGCAGGUACCUGAUGGGGCGCUCUUCGGGCGCCCCGGGCGGCAGGUGUACAUCGCGUCCGCGGUGGUUGCCGCGGCGUGGAUGUUGGCGGUCCCCGUCUUCCUGCACAACCACCGCAGGCUGCCGCCUGCCGCCGCCCGGGGGUGCAGGGCUUCCGCCUGAGCUGGAGUGGCGGAAGAGCGAAGCACGCCCGAUCGUCGAGCUGGGGAGUGGCCGCGAGGCCGGCUGGUGGCAGGCGCACGUCGACGACUUCGACGCGCCCGAGAUCGCGGGCGAGGCGCGGGCGCGGCAGCUUGUGGACACCGAGGCGGACUGCCAGCAGCGCGUUCGGGAGAGCUACAAGCGCGCAGGCGUGGCCUACGCGGCGGAGAAGGCUCACCUGCGGGAGACGCGGGUUGAGCGCAUGGGGGCCGACGUGGAUGGCGCCAGCGGGCGGCUGGCAGCGCCGCGCCUCAAGGUUCUGAGUACCGCUGCCCUUUGCCUCGAGACUUUGUCGCAGGAGCCGGUGCCCUGGCGGGUGUGCAUGACGGUCCUCGGCAAGCUGGUUCGGGCUUUUGAGUUUAGACGCCCGCUCUUCGGCCUCCUCAACUCCGUAUGGUCCCUGUCGACGGCGCGAUCGACGGUCCGAUGCAAUGCCGAGAUGGUCGAGGAGCUCCUUUUGGGCCUUAUGUUGCUGCCCGCAGCGGCCACCUGUCUCCGCGCCCGCAUCGAGGGGAUGGUCGCGGUCUCAGACGCCUGGGAGUUCGGGGGCGGGGUCUGCGCGUCUACACCCGCGGUGCCCCUGGACCGUGUGCUGAAUGUCCUAGUCGUGGGGCUCUUCGACGGCAUCGGCGGCCUCGCGGUGUCGCUUUCGGGGCUGCCCGUCAGGAUCGUCGCCUAUGUCACCGCCGAGACCGACGCGAAGGCCAGGCGAGUUGUCCGGCUGCGCUGGCCAGGCGCGAUCGACUGGGGCUACGUGGCGCGGGUGGGCGAGAACCUGGUGCAGGACUUCUUUGACGCGUUGUCGGAGACGGUGGGCGUGUGCGUCGCUGGCACGGGCAGCCCGCGCCAGGACCUCUCGCGCCUCAACGUGAGCGGUGGAGGCCUGCAUGGCCGCAAGAGCUUUCUGUUCUACGAG